AUCCCGUCGAUCCCUCUGUCUUAAUUCUCUGUAUAAAUAUAUCUUUGGUAAACAUUGCAUCACUCUGUCCCAGCUCAACCAAAACACCUUUUCCUUCCCUUCAUCAAUUCAUCACAUCUCUGUCUCUCUCUCUCUCUUCAAAACCUUCACAACACAUCCAUGGCGGACGACGGCCUGGAAGCCUUCCACGUGCCCCAACAGAGCAGAAGAGACAAGCUCCGUUUCACCCUCCAAAACCACCCACCCCAACCACCGUUUUCUCUGCCUCUCUUCUCCGAAUCCCGCCAUUACGACGGCGUCUCUUUCCGGGCCGGAGAACUCAGAAGCUCGGUUCCUCUGGGCCCGUUCACCGGCUACGCUUCGAUACUGAAGCGGUCCAGGUUUCUGAAGCCUGCCCAGCAGCUCCUCGAGGAUUUCUGCGGGUCGGUUCUACCCGACUCGGAUCCUCCUCCGCCCAACUGCUGGAGCUUUUGCGCCAAAGAUCACCGGGUCGACGUUCAGAUGAAGAACUCUCGGCUGACCACCAUGCUGGAGGAGGUGUACAAGAGGUACAAACUAUACUGCCAACAAAUGGAGUCGGUGGUGGCAUCAUUUGAAACCAUUGAUGGACUUGGAAACGCAGCCCCUUACAUAUCCCUUGCCAUCAAAGCCAUCUUGAAGCACUUUGGUUGCCUGAAGAAUGCCAUUUUAGACAAGCUUCAAUCCGGAGGCAAAACGUCGCUUGGCGAUGAAGAAACUGAAGGGUUUUCUGUAAGAGGCAUUCAGAACAACCAGAACCCAAAUGAUCAUUUGAAUUUGAAGUUGACCACCACCAACAGCCUUCGUCAAUCGGUUUCCCGGUCCCAGAGAGGUCUCCCGGAGAAUGCAGUGGCUGUGCUGAGGACCUGGCUCUUUGAACACUUUCUGCACCCCUAUCCUUCUGAUUCUGAAAAGCUGAUGUUAGCUCAACAGACGGGCCUAUCAAGAACUCAGGUUUCGAAUUGGUUUAUUAAUUCGAGAGUGAGAAUCUGGAAGCCGAUGGUGGAAGAAAUACACAUUCUUGAAACACAGCAGGCUCAAACAAUUCCAGACCCAAUGAACAAGAGUGUAAAGGCACCUCUUCACCCUUCUGCAGAGAAUCCAGUUCUCCAUCUGGGGACCCCGCCUAUGAACUCUUCUAGCCAAAAAGCUCAAGACAUCCAAACUAAACGCCCUCGAAAAAUCCAACACGAUUUGCCUGAGCAGGGCGAGACAUGGAUGAGGAAUGCAGCUAAUGGAAGUUUAACGAGCAAUGAUCUACAGAGAAUUAGCAGAACAACCGAAAUAGAUGAAGUUUCCUUGGCCUUAAGCCUUAAAGCGAGAAAGUGAGCACCUCGGAAAGGAUUAGGGUGUAAAAGGAAAGAUCCUGCUGCUGCAUGUUUCUACAGGGCAAACUUUUGUUAACUUUAUCUGUUAUGGGUAACAAGAUUUUGUUAUUAGUUGUUUGUGUGUUAGAUAUUCCGAGAGACAGGUCAUCGAUUCACUCCUAAUUACACUUAACUUAAUCACCUAUUGUUAUCACAAAAAAGCCAAGUAAUAUUAGGAGUGAAAUCACACUCUUAUAUGUGUUAUUUUAUUUUCUCAA